AUGACGUCAGAGGACCUGUUAAGUACUCUGGAGGAUUUGGGAGAUGAAGAGUUUAACAAAUUCAAGUGGCUCCUACAUCAAGCUGACGUCCUUCAAGGCUUCCCAACCAUCAAAAAGAGUCGAUUGGAGACAACGAACAGGUGGGACACUGUCGACAUGAUGGUGCAAACCUACAGGCUUCCUGGAGCUGUGGAGGUGGCGAAGAAGAUUUUAGAGAGGAUAAGUAGGAAUGACCUGCUGGAGAGUUUGUGUGCCAGCAGCUCAGGACGAGAAGUGGACGUCAGCAACUGUGGGGAGACUUCACAGAAGAGAGGAUUUCCUCAGACUGAAGAUGUGGUGGUUCCAGUACCAGAGCCUCACCCCAUCAUAUCUUACCAACAGAUGCUUCAAUCAAACUUCCAGGACAAGUUUAUGUGUGCACAAGAAGGUUGGGCAGAAGAUAAACAGCGUCUGGUUGAUAUCUACACAGAGCUGUACAUCACAGCUGGGUAUGAUGUACAUAUCAACACACAGCAUGAGGUCCGGCAGAUUGAAAAGGCAUGGAAGCCAGCAGAACCAGAGAAACCCAUUAGACCCACAGACAUGUUCAAACAUCCCUCUGGAAAAUACAGACCCAUCAAAACAGUGAUGACCAAUGGAAUCGCAGGAAUUGGAAAAACCUUCCUUGUUCACAAGUUUGUUUUGGACUGGGCUGAACAAAGAUCCAAUCAAGAUGUGCAUCUGAUUUUCCCCUUCACCUUCCGUCAGCUGAAUCCACUGAAGGGAGAAAAGUUCAGUUUGGCAGAGCUCAUUCAUGAAUGCAUCCCAGAAACUGUAGGCAUCCCACAGGAGGCUCUGAAUUACAUCUUUACAGAUGUUCAGUCAUCAGGAAUCACCAACUAUGACAAGAGUAAAUUCAAACUUCUGUUUGUGUUUGAUGGGCUGGAUGAGAGCCGCCUUCAUCUCGACCUUCAUUCUGAAGACAUUCGCUCUGUCGAUGUAACAAAGGCAACUAAAACAGAUGUCCUGCUGAGGAAACUCAUCAAUGGGAAACUGCUACGCUCUGCUCGCAUCUGGGUAACCACACGGCCUGCAGCAGCCAAUCAGAUCCCUCGAGAGUUUAUCAGCAGUACAACUGAGGUCAGGGGGUUCACAGACCCACAGAAAGAGGAGUACUUCAGGAAAAGAUUCAAAGGUAAAGAGCAAGCUGACAAACUCAUCUCUCAUAUCGUGACAUCACGAAGCCUCCACAUCAUGUGCCACAUCCCAGUCUUCUGCUGGAUCACUGCAACAGUUCUGGAGGAUGUGUUGAAAACCAGAGAGGGAGGAGAGCUGCCCAAGACUCUGACUGAGAUGUACGCAGAGUUCCUGGUGUUUCAGAUUGAUCGGACAAAAGAAAAGUAUGGCCCAGAGAAGAGCAUUCAAUACAUUAAGUCAUUAGCAAAACUGGGCUUUGAGCAGCUGCAAAAGGGCAACCUGAUCUUCUAUGAGAAAGAUCUGAGAGAGAGCGGCAUUGAUUUCAGUGAAGCCUCGGUGUGCUCAGGAGUAUUCACAGAGAUCUUCAGAGAAGAUCGAGGAAGGAAAGGGAAAGACAAGAUGUUCAGCUUCAUCCAUCUGAGUGUUCAGGAGUUUCUGGCUGCUCUUUAUGUGAGGAUGUCGCUUAAUAACAGUAACAUAAAUGUGAUGCCUUUACCACAGCCCUCAAUGCACAAUCUUCAACUGCUUUUAAGUAAAACAUCUUCAAAGAAGAUCCACAGGAUUUCCAUUGACAGGGCCUUGCAGAGUCCAAAUGGACACCUGGACUUAUUCCUUCGCUUCCUCUUGGGUCUUUCACUGCAGACCAACCAGGAUAAACUACAGGACCUGCUAAUGAAAAUAGACAGUAGUUCAGAGACCACUCAGAAAACAGUCCAAUACAUCAAGAAGAAAAUCAGUGAGAAUGUGUCUGCAGAGAGGAGCAUUAACCUGUUCCACUGUUUGAACGAACUGAAGGACUGUUCUCUAGUGGAGGAGAUACAACAGUACCUGAGUUCUGGACGUCUGUCCACAGAUAUACUCACUCCAGCUCAGUGGUCAGCUCUGGGCUUCAUCUUACUAUCAUCAGAAGAAGAUCUAGAUGUGUUUGACCUGAAGAAAUACUCUCCUUCAGAGGAAGCUCUUCUCAGGUUACUUCCAGUGGUGAAAGCCUCCAAAAAAGCUCUGUUGAGUGGCUGUAAUCUGUCAAAAAGAAGCUGUGAAGCUCUGUCCUCAGUUGUCAGCUCACAGUCAUCUAAUCUGAGAGAGUUGGACCUGAGUAACAAUGACCUAGAAGAUUCAGGAGUUAAACUCCUUUCUGCCGGACUGGCAAGUCUACAGUGUAGACUGGAAACUCUCAGGCUGUCCGGCUGUAUCAUCACAGAGGAAGGCUGUACUUAUUUAGCUUCAGCUCUAAAAUCCAACCACUUCCGUUUGAGAGAACUGGACCUGAGCUACAAUGUUCUGGACGACUCAUCAGUAAAGCUGUUCUCUGCUGGAGUGGAGGACUCUGACUGGAGACUAGACACUCUCAGGCUGGAACAUGGUGGGCAGCAGAGACUAAAACCUGGCCUGAGAAAGUAUUCCUGUGAACUCACACUGGACCCAAACACAGCAAACAGAAACCUCAUCUUGUUCGACAACAACACUAAAGUGGCAUUUGUGGAUGAUGAGCAGCCAUAUCCUGAUCACCCAGAGAGGUUUGACGACUGGAAACAGAUUCUGUGUAGAAAUGGGCUGACUGGUCGCUGUUACUGGGAGGUUGAGUGGGAAGGUUGGGUUUACAUAGCAGUGAGUUACAGAGGAAUCAGGAGGACAGGAGCCAGCAAAGACUGCUGGUUUGGAUGGAAUAAUCAGUCGUGGAGUCUGAGAUGCUCUGAAGAUGGUUACUUUGCUUGGCACAAUAACACUAGAACAGACCUCUCUACCUCUUCCUCCUCCUUUGUCUCCUCCUCCACCUCAAACAGAGUAGCAGUGUAUGUAGACUGUCCUGCUGGGACUCUGUCCUUCUACAGAGUCUCCUCAAACUCCUUGAUCCAUCUCCACACCUUCAACACCACCUUCACUGAGACUCUUUAUCCUGGAUUUAGGCUAUUUAGAUCUUCCUCAUUGUCUCUGUGUUCACUUUAGGAAGGAGACUUGCAGAAACAAUGACACAGAUUUAUUCAGGCAAAUACUUUACAUUAAAAAAAAUCCUUUAAAAAAUCUUUUUCCAAACAGCACCAAUAAUUUUACU